CUGUAGGGAUCCACUGGCAGCGAGAAGAAAAGAGCACACACGGUUUGCAACGAAACGGCCACGCACGGCCCAGACCUUUAUACCUGCUGAGUCGGCAGUCCAGGGCGCGUGUGGAGCCCGCCAAGGUGGCAAGCUACCCACUCGUCGUGCUCACCUCCGCAACGGCAAGCAGGGCAACCACGAUGGAGCGAGCGAGCCUGUGCGUGGUAGCACGCUGCGCGUCACACCUCGCGUCUCCUCUCUUUUUCUCUCUCUGCAUGCUCGUCAUCGUCUUCGAGGCGUGCAACGCUUACCGAAGCCCAGAGAGAAAGAGAGAGGGAUUGGUCCGUCCACCGCUUAGGCGCGUGAUCCGCCACUGCUGCUGCUCUGGUGUUUGAGGAAUGCUGGCGCGCUGGAUCAGGCUGGGCGUGUUCGACGCUGCCCAGCCCAAGUGACGCGGAACCAAUAUUCCUGUCCGCGGCGAAUCGUCAUUGCCGGCGUGGUGUUUCACGCCGUCUAUGCGUCGACUCCAAGCUCAGAGGGAAGGAGGCGUAAGAGCAUGAGUAGAAUCCGCUUCAAUCGAUCCGAUGCGUCUGGACAAGAUACUAGCUCGCCAGGACGCAGCAUUGUCGACUCUCGCGCCGGACAAGACAGCCGCGCGAAUGGAAUGGGGGGCCUCGUCUCAAAGCAAAAAAGAAUCCAGAGGUAACUAGAGCAGGCGCCUCGCGAUCAGGAAGUUCCUGGGCAGCGGAGCUAGGCCCAAAUGGAGGCCUGUCAGACGCGGCGGCCCGCGGCGUACGCGACCCGCGUACCAGGCACUGGGUGCGCAAGACAAAGCCGCCGCAUUCGGCACAACUGCAGCCACCGACACUGUGGUCCUCCGGC